UGAAAGCUCAGGAGAAGAGGGAAAGUCUGAGAAACACAAAAAAGGCAGAGAAAGCCUGACAGCAGAGGAAAUAAAAUCUGCCCAGGUCAGGAGAGACUUGGCUUUGCAGGCACUAUGAAAAGCUUUCUUUCCUGGCCAGUCCUGGCAGUCCUUGUCCUGGUGCACAUCUCCCAGGCUGUCUAUGUUCAGGAUGGAGACUUGAAAUUCCCCCUGGAGUCCGUGAAGAAGCUGAAGGAGCUCAUGGAUGGGAGCAGGCACAUCAACCCUCGCAUGAGGGUUCCCAUGGCCAGCUAUUCCCCAUGCCAAGAAAAACACCUCCCUGAGGAAUUCCAGCCUGUGUGCAAGAGGGAAGAUGCACCGAUGGUUUUUAGGAGGCUGAGCCUGGCUGCCGAGGACGACCUGUGUGAGAUCUGUGCCAACGCUGCCUGCGCCGGCUGCUUCUGAGAAGGUGGAAAAACCCACGCAAGACGUGUCCAACUGGGAAGUUUGUGCAUUCCUGUGGCAAGAUCACGUAUUGUCACCAAUCAAUAUUCCUGGACUUCAUCUCCCACUCAGCCAAACUGGAGCUGCCAGCUCGUGGGGACGUCCCUGCAGUCUUGCAGCACCUGGAUCAGGUGCCACUACCAGAGCAGUUCUGCCAUCAAGGAGGCUGUGACUCCUCUGAGAGGUGCAGGUGCUGCAGAAGUUGUGUGACACUGGAAUGGAAAUGCCCUGUUUCAUUUCCCACUGUUUUGCCUGUAUUUGAACACGCUGAAUGAAACUCAGCAUCCCUUGCAGCCUU